UAGUCGCCGCUUCUCUAAGGUCCGUGGGGCGGCCUGGGAGCCGCUGCAGCAAGGCUCGCCUCCGUGCGCGCAGCCUGCGGGUGCUGGUCAUGGCGCGGCUCCCGAAGCUCGUAGUCUUCGAUCUAGAUUACACGCUGUGGCCGUUCUGGGUGGACACGCACGUAGACCCCCCGUUCCACAAGAGCAGUGAUGGAACUGUACGAGAUAGGCGGGGCCAGGCCGUCCGACUGUACCCAGAGGUGCCUGAGGUCCUGGAACGAUUGCAGGGCCUGGGGGUGCCUGUCGCGGCCGCUUCACGGACAGGUGAGGUUGAAGGGGCCAACCAGCUACUGGAGCUCUUUGACCUUGUCAGAUACUUUGUUCAUCGGGAGAUCUAUCCAGGCAGCAAGGUCACGCACUUUGAGAGGUUGCAGCAGAAGACUGGAGUUCCUUUCUCCCAGAUGAUCUUCUUUGACGAUGAAAAGCGGAAUAUUGUAGAUGUCAGCAAACUGGGUGUUACCAGCAUUCAUGUCCAGAAUGGAAUGAGCCUUCGGACCCUAACUCAAGGAUUAGAGACAUUUGCAAAGGCACAAGCUGGACUCUGAGGUCCAGUCCUGUGGAUGAGCCUCAUUUGAGGCAUAGAACUGAAAGGAAAUCAGCAGGGCAUUUUCAGGUGCAUUUGUAAAUUAUUAAAGUGUAUUUGUGGGCUUCCCUGGUGGCGCAGUGGUUGAGAGUCCGCCUGCCGAUGUAGGGGAUACGGGUUCGUGCCCCGGUCCGGGAAGAUCCCACAUGCCGCGGCCCGUGAGCCACGGCCGCUGAGCCUGCGCGUCCGGAGCCUGUGCUCCGCAACGGGAGAGGCCACAACAGUGGGAGGCCCGCGUACUGCAAAAAAAAAAAAAAAAAAAAAGUGUAUUUGUGUGUGGCAGAAGAGAUCUUACCCAGUGUGUGUUGUUUCUAAUUUUCUAGCGUGUCACCCGGGGUGGGCCAAACGGAGGUGCCAAGACCAGUAUGUGAGGCAUUAGACUGCAUCAGGUUCUGCCUUAUAAACUUGUGGCAAACCCAAGACUGUGAUCCCCUUAUGCUCUCCCCAUCCCCACACCUCUCCUGAGCUCUGUCAAGGGCAUGAAGAACUCUUCCACUGGCCCCAAGUAGUGGGGUGCAUUAACCCUGCACAUUUCCUUCCAGGAAGCAAAGACUUUGUUUUGGGGUGGGGAGGGU